UGGACAUCGAUGGGUCGUGUGAUACGCAGUCAGCGGAAGGGCGCAGGUGGUGUGUUCAAGGCUCAUACAAAACACCGAAAGGGUCCCGCUCGCCUCCGCGCAGUGGAUUAUGCAGAACGCCACGGUUUCAUCCGGGGGGUUGUGAAGGAAAUAGUGCACGAUCCCGGUCGAGGUGCUCCAUUAGCCCGUGUCGCUUUCAGAGAUGUUUACUCCUACAGAACAAUUAAACAGCUGUUUAUCGCUGCCGAAGGAAUGCACACUGGCCAGUUUGUCUAUUGUGGAAAGAAAGCUAAGCUGCAAAUUGGUAACAUUCUCCCCAUAGGUGCCAUGCCUGAAGGGACGGUUGUAUGUAAUCUUGAAGAAAAAUGUGGUGAUCGUGGACGAUUGGCUCGAGCCAGUGGGAACUACGCCACCGUAGUUGCUCACAAUCUCGACACCAAACGGACGCGAGUAAAGCUCCCUUCUGGUGCGAAGAAAGUUUUACCAUCAGCUUGUCGCGCAAUGGUUGGGCUCGUCGCCGGCGGGGGCAGGGUUGACAAACCAAUCCUGAAGGCUGGCCGCGCGUACCAUAAGUACAAAGCGAAACGACACUGUUGGCCUCGUGUCCGUGGUGUUGCUAUGAAUCCUGUCGAACAUCCGCAUGGCGGUGGCAACCACCAACACAUCGGCAAGCCUUCAACAAUUCGAAGAGACGCUUCCCAUGGACGCAAGGUCGGUCUGAUUGCUGCUCGAAGGACAGGUCGUAUUCGGGGUACGCGGUCCAUCAUAUCCAAGCCAGAGAAAGAAUAAUGCUAUUUAAUCAAAU